CUUGCGUUUUCUUUUCUUUCUUUCUUUCUUUCUUUCUUUUCCUUGUAUUAAUUUCUUUAUUUUACAAAUAUAUUUGUGUAUACUUUAGAGUUAUAAUUCAUCUCUUGCAAUGUGGAUAUAUUAUCGAACUUUAUUCAUUGCAGCCUUAGCUACUGCUGUAACUGCUACAGUAGAUAUCUCUAAUCUUCCUAGCAAAACUGAUCCUACUAAAGUGUCUAUCCCUAAUAUUCCACAAAUGACUUCACAUGAUAUUGCUACUGAAUGUAAAUAUUAUCAAUCUAAUUUCACUAUUGACAAAACACAAUGGCCUGUAAUUUGGGAUAUUGCAACAAGUAACAAUAUGGUUGCCUCUGCUGAGUUUACGCGAAUUUAUAAUUCAAUUGACUGGACCAAAGCACCUAAAGCUCCCGUACGAAAACUUACACCUGCAGGUGGUCUUGACUUGACAGGAUAUGACACUGCAAAGGAUCCUGACUGUUGGUGGUCAGCUACUCAGUGCGUUCAACCGAAAACAGCCGAUAUUAAUCCAGAUAUUUAUACUUGUCCUGAACCAUUAACUUGGGGUCUUACUUUUGAUGAUGGUCCUAAUUGCUCACAUAAUGCUCUUUAUGAUUUACUUCAAUCAAACAAACAAAGAGCUUCUAUGUUUUAUAUUGGAUCAAAUGUGCUUAGUUGGCCAUAUGGAGCAUUACGUGGACAUAAAGAUGGUCAUCAUCUUUGCGGUCAUACUUGGUCUCAUCGUAUGAUGACUACACUUUCUAACCAAGAAGUUUUAGCUGAAUUAUAUUAUACUGCUAAAGCUAUCAAGUAUGUCACUGGUGUUACACCAUUACAUUGGAGACCUGCUUUAGGUGAUCUUGAUGAUCGUGUUCGAUGGAUUGCGACCCAAUUAAACAUGACAGCUAUCCUUUGGAACUUGGAUACUGAUGAUUGGGCAGCAGGGACAACCCCAGGAGUCACGGCUGAUACUGUGAAUCAACGUUAUCUUGACUUUAUCCAAAUGGGUACGAAUGGUACAUUCAAGGACUCGGGUAAUAUCGUUCUCUCACAUGAGAUUAACAAUAUGACGAUGCAAUUCUUUGCUAAUCACUAUCCUGCUAUUCAAAAGAGUUACAAACAUAUUACUGAUGUCGCUACCUGUAUGAAUAUUCCUCAUCCAUACCUUGAACAUUCUAUCACUUUCCCUAGUUUUGAUGCUAGUGUUAACAAAAAAUUAGGUACAACUACUGGUACUGGCGUUGCUCCUGGAUCUACUACUACUUCUAAUGCAUUUCAAUUGAGAUUAUAUUCUAAUGUGCCUUUGUUUAUUGCUGCAUUAUUUGGCUUAUUUUUAGUAGUUGUAUAACAAAAAAAAAA